GAGAUGAGGGGCGGGGGGAACAUGUGAAGAAGCCAAGUGGUGGGACAGCGGAGUUUGCUCGCAGUGUCCCAGGCUGUGCGGUGCCAGUUUUUGUUUUGUAACCGUAAUGAUCGUCUGCAUUUUGGCGCUCGGGUUGUUUUCGUCUGCGCUGGGCAGACAUCUGCAGGAUGGAAGCGACUUGUCCCGGGUCAGGAGGCUGCACGGAGAGCCCGGUGAUGCUGCGGAGCGACAUGGCUUGGAGAGGAGGGAGCUGUCGAGGCGCAGCGCUGGACUGAAUGAGCAGACAUGCACGGCUUUGCGUGGUGGAGUGGAAUCCGCGCUGCAAAACAGCACCAGCAUUUAUCCGUUCAAAGUGCGCUCAAUGGGCUCACUCUCGCUCGCCUGGGUGGGAGACGGAUCAGGGGUGCUCUUGGUUCUGACAACGUUUCAGGUGCCGUUGUUCUUAAUGCGAUUUGGCCAGUCUAACCUCUACAGGAGUGAAGACUAUGGGAAGACGUUCACAGACGUGACUAACGUGAUCAACCACACUUUCAUCCAGACGGAGUUUGGCAUCGCCAUCAGUCCGGAUCAUUCAGGAAAGGUGAUCCUGACUGGCGAUGUGUCUGAGUUCGGUGGGUUUCGACUUUUUCGCUCGCGGGACUUUGGUCUGACCUUUGAACCGACGGACCUGCCGUUUGUGCCCCUCAUUCAGAUGCUGUACAACCCCGGGGACUGCAACACACUUCUGACACUCAGUAUCACGCUGGACCUGUGGCUGUCUGAUAACUUUGGCGCCACCUGGAGGAAAAUACACAACAGCGUGUGUUUGGUCAGAUGGGGUCCAAGAAACAGCAUCUACAUAACAACCAACACCAACGGAUCAUGCAAUGACAAAGGGAUGCUAGAUUUAAAGAAAACAAUGGACUACGGCAAAACAUUUCACACAAUUGCAUCCAGAGUUUACUCCUUUGUCCUUGGAGGAAAAUUUGUCUUUUCGUCCAUCAUGACCGGGAUGGGUACAGAGCGUGUGAUCCAUGUCUCUGUAGACGGCGGGGAUCACUGGAACAUCGCUCAGCUUCCUGCUGUCGGCAAUCAGCAGUUUUACUCCAUCCUCGCAGCCAAUCAGGACAUGAUCUUCAUGCACGUGGAUGACCCCGGAGACUCGGGGGUUGGAACCAUCUACGUGUCGGACGACAGAGGAACUGUCUUCUCUAAGUCACUGGAGCGCCAUCUCUACACAACCACAGGAAGCGACACAGACUUCACCGCCGUUUCUUCCCUGCGGGGCGUCUACAUGACCAGCAUACUCUCAGAGGAUGGCAACAUAGAGACAGUGAUCACGUACGACCAGGGAGCCAAGUGGCAGCCGCUGCGCAGACCCCAGAACGCCGACUGCGACGCUGAGACCUCCACCAACAGACCCAGCAGAUGCAGGCUUCACAUAUAUGCCUCGUACAGCACGGCCAAGAAGAUGAACGUUCCCAUGCUGCCGCUCUCGCAGCCCAACGCAGUGGGUCUCAUCUUGGCUCACGGCAGCGUUGGAGACUCGGAGUCUGAUCUCGCCCCUGACGUGUACGUGUCUGACGACGGGGGCUACUCGUGGCUGCGCGCUCUGAAGGGUCCCCAUCACUACGCCAUCCUGGACUCUGGAGGACUGCUGGUUGCCGUGGAGCACACCAACUCACCUAUCAACCAGAUAAAGUUCUCCACAGAUGAAGGCCAAUGCUGGCAUUCGUAUAACUUCACCAGCGACCCGCUGCACUUCAGCGGCAUGGACAGCGAGCCCGGCUCCCGCUCCAUGAACGUCAGCCUGUGGGGCUACAGGAACGACUACACCAAGUGGGUGGUGAUCACCAUAGACUUUAGGAAGCUCCUCGCCAGGGACUGCAAUGAAGGGGACUACGAAGAGUGGCUGGCUCACUCUGCAGACCUCAGUGGCUCGAGCGAUGGCUGCGUGAUGGGCUUCAGAGAGACCUUCUUACGCCUGAGGAAAGACUCGGUGUGCUGGAAUGGAAGAGACUUCGCCGUUACCAAGAAGCACUUGCCCUGUCCGUGCUCAGCGGCAGAUUACCAUUGCGACUUUGGUUACUACCGGCCGGAGAACAGGUCGGAGUGCGUGGAGCAGAAGGAGCUGGUGGGUCACGCUCUGGAGUUCUGCUUGAACGGGACGACUGAGCAGCUGCAGACCAGUGGUUACCGGAAGAUUCCUGGGAACCAGUGUGAAGGAGGCUUUCAGCCGGAGAGAAAGGAGACCGACUUAAGGAGGUUGUGCAUCAGUGACGCCCUUCAUUCCAUCCCUCUGACUGACGGAAGUUCACCUAGCGCUGCUGUCAUAGUGAUGGUUGUCAUGGCGAUACUCCUGGUGAGUGUUCUCGCAGGUGUCUGGCUGGUGAAGAAGUACGUCUGUGGUGGACGGUUCCUCGUUCACCGAUACUCUGUGAUGAGGGAACACGUGGAAGCAAACAAAAUCGAGGGAGUAGACGACGUCGACACCAACUACAUGGAGACAGAGAAAACACAGUUCAACAACGAUUCGGAUCAAGAUCUCUUGGAAUAAAAGUUAAGGCUUUCAAGAUGGCUGAGGAUUCCUGUUGCUCCAACGUUCUCUGUUUAACAUCUGCUUCUCACUUCUCGCUGCCCCUGGUGACCCUGCAGCAACUUGCGCUGACACGUUGCAUGAUUGUGUCAGAUUUGGCUUCUUAAAAAACGUGGUAAAUAGUCUGGGACAGAAAA